UACAGCAUACCCUACAAUAGACCCUGAGACCAGCUACAGUGACGACGAAGCCUAGAGGUGGAAUAGCCUUCGGGCUUAGUACUGACACCUUAACAUGAUGCAGACCGCAGUGGGCUGCAGAGGCAUCCUCUAGUCAGCCUGGCGACGACGGUGCCGCUUAUCCGGCAGUGCCAGAACAACGAUAAUCGACCGCAUUUCAAAUCAGGCUCCCGGCCAGCUGUAGAGUCCUGAUCGACCGUAUUUGCCUUGAUGGAGAACGUCAGAGAUGGAAUUCCUUCAGACUUGUCGAUUGUAAAUUUGGAGGCUCAGCAGUAACGUGGAGAUGUUGUAGUCUACCAGAAAGGUGCGAAAGGCCGGCGUCUUGGCAAGACUGGACUGAUUGAGGGACACGUUAGGGAUUCAGGGGACGCCAGAUCCGCUCCCUCAAGAUGAUGCGGGUGAUUGUUCUUGGCGUUCAGGGUAUAUCUGCCUUUCAUGCAUUCCUUGGACUGGUCAGCCUGUGUGUUGGCGUGGUAUCUAGUAUACAGGCUGAGGUCUGGCUGGCCCACAGUGUAUCGCCGAUAUGGAGCGGUGGAUUUUUUUUGAUCACUGGUAUUCUGGGGUUUCUUUGUUCCAAGAAGAAAACCGCGUAUCUGAUAAUGUGCUUGACAGCUUUUUCGGUGGUCUCCUUGGUGACGGCUGUGGUCAGCAUCCAGUUGCUGAGACUGGGGCUGGUCAACCACACGACGGACGGACAUACAUUCCAGAAAGAGCAUAAAGACGUGCUGAUAAUCAUUGCUUUGGUGGCUGCCGGCACCGAAUGCAUUGUAUGUCUCAUUUCCACUAUCUUCAGCUGCCGGAUGGCAAAAGCCGUGAAGAAAGAACUAUUUAAACAGAGGGAUGGCAUGUUCCACGUGAAGGAGGACGUGGAAGACCAGAAUUACACGGCCGAAAGCUCAAUAGCUUUUGACAAUCUCAGUGUGGAGGCGCGUCAGCUGGGAAUUGAGGGCCAGGAAUACGCAUUGGGCAGCCAUGUUCAUGACGUCACUGGGUCAAGCCACUACCAAGAGGAAUCUCCGCAAGCUGUGGCUGAAGUUAUCUCCGAAACCAUGGAGAAUAUAGAUGACGUCGAAAUAGGCGACGAUUUUAGACAAGAGCCAAAACCUGAAAACAGUUAUGAAAACGAGGACAUUCAUUAUGCGACGGGUGACAUGUACUUGCCAAGUGCGGAUAAUGUGACGUCAGUCCACUUGGAUGACAUCAACCUUGGUGUUUCAGAGAGAAAAAAUAGCGAAGUACAUUCUCUAACUCCCCGGCAGUCAGUUUCACGCCAGGCUUCCCAAGGUUCCAUCGACGUGCCGGAAGUGGACACGUAA